AUGGCGGACGUCGAGAGAGAGUACCCGUCGAAUUCGCCGAGCGGGUUCAGGGUCAACGUGGUGACCAACGAGACCAACGUGCGCGGAGUGGCGCAAAAGGUGGCGCUGGGUGAGGUGGACGCCGGCAUAGUCUACGAGACCGAUGCGGAGGGCGCGCAGUACGCCGAGUCGUUUCGCGUGAUCGAGAUUCCGCUGCAAUUCAACCCGGCGGCCGAGUAUCCCAUCGCGGCGCUGGCGGGAGCCGCCGACUUGCAGAUCGCGCUGGACUUCAUCGCUUUCGUGCAGAGCGACGGCGGGGCAGACCAUCCUACGGGAAAUACGGUAUUCGUGGCCGCGCCCUUCUACAUCCGGGCAGCGCGCAUUGGGUUCGCCGGGGUUGAUCCGACCUACGAGGAAGUGUCGCAGACCCUGGGGGUUUCGCCGUGGGCGACGUUCUGGCGGCUGACGCUGCCGGUGGCGUGGCCCGUCGCUGCUGACCGGACUGACGCUGGCGUGGCGCGGGCGGUGUCGGAGUUCGGCGCGACGAUCAUGUUCGCCGGGAACCUGUCGGGGCGCACGCAGACCAUGCCGCUGGCGACAUGA